AUGCAGCUGAAACAGAACCAGGCUCCAACCGACAGGGCCUGGUUAAAGGUGGAUUUUGAUGAUCCAGACCUUGGGGCCGCGAGACAGUCGGAUGAUGCGCAGGCAGAUGCAGAUGCCGGCGGCGGGCCGGCUCCAAGAAAAAAGUCCGGCGAGAAGGAAGAGAAUGGCGACAAGGAAGGUGACAAGGAAGGUGACAAAGAGAACGACGAUAGCGAUGACAAGGAGGAGGACAAGCCAGAUGAUAAGGAGGAGGACGACGAAGACGGUGACGAUGAGGAUGGGGAGAAGACCCGGACGCAGUUCGUGGAUUUGUUGAUGAAGGCAAAAGAGAUCUCAGCCGGCACCACUUAUGAGGAUGCCGAAGGUCUUCUGAGUAAGAGGGCAGCCUGGAAGGCUGUGGAUGAGCAGACUCGAAAAGAAUGCUUUGAGAUCUUCGUGGACCACUUGGCCACGCAUACAGGUAAGAAGAAAAAGAAGAAGGACAAGGCCAAAAAAGGCAACAAAAAGCGAAAACACAAAGGGACCGAGGAAGAGGCUGCGGAAGAGGAUGAUGAGGAGGAUGCACCACGCAAAAAAAAGAAGUCCAAAAAGGGGGAGAGGAGAAAGAAAGCGCGGAGCAAGUCAUCCUAA